AUGGCCAAGACAGGUUAUGUCGGACUGUCGGUCGACCAGUGGGAGCACUGGCUCUGGAACCCAGUUCCCGACGUCCAGGCCUAUUUCUCCCCGUCGGUCGCUGUCUAUAAGGCUAUCGCCGGUGUCGGUCGCAGGAUGCAAUACCAGCUUUCCGACACGGAUCCCAUUCCGGGGCCGAUGUACCAACGGUCGAAGCACAAGGAGCAGGCCCAUCGUGUUUCGGCUGGGGGCACAAUCAUGUGUGUUACUGAUAACGCCGGUCGGGAAGAUGAGGUCAAACUUCUGUUGACCCGGUUCGUGGUCGUGCUGGAAGUGCAGGUCGAUGAGUUCCAACUGGCUAUGGAACAAGGGUCGGUCAGACCAUGCACCAACGACGGCUUCGUCGUGAGGAACCUCGACUUGUCGGUCGAGAAGCACCUCAAAGUCACACGCAUGGACGCCCGCCUCGAGGUGGAGGCGUUGCCAAGUGACGUGCCGGUCGACAAGCCUGCUUUCGUGUUCUACAAGAUCUCCGAUGAUGUGACGGAGCUGUCGGUCGUGAAGAAGCUAGCUACAGCAUGUGGCGGCACGGCGGUCGAUGUGCGGCUGAGCUACUAUGGAGUGGGCAUGCUUCCAGUUGGACUCCUUCACUAUGAUGAAAGCAUGUCGCCGGACUACUACUACGCGCCGACGCUUCCCCAGAUGGGCGUUGAGUCGGUCGCCGCGGACUACAAGGUCAUGGUUCAGUUCAGCAACAAGGUGCCGGUCGGUGACUUCGUGAAGUUAAAGAACCUCGAGACGCUGAAGGAAUACAUGUACCAGAACGAUAAAGAGUUGGAGGAGCUGAACAGUCGGUCGUCAACUCUGAUCGCGAUACAGAAGAAGCUGGUCGCAGAAAUGGAUGAGAUGCUCGCCAAAGAGUCGGUCGUGGAUCUGGCGGGCAAGACAACGGUGUCGGUCGAGGAUCUGGCGGGCAAGACAAAGCAGCCACUCGUCAUGGAGUCGGUCGAGGAAGAUGUUGCAGGCAAGACAAAGCAGUCGAAGCUGGCAGAUGGCAAGCACUGUAUCACAGCGUUGAAGAAAGCUGCUGAGACGGUCGCUCAGUCCGAUGAUGCAACGCAGCUCGAGUGGUACACAGGUGAGAUCAAGGACAUUCUGAUGGUCGGAAUGCGUUUUGAUUGCAUCAAAUUCUUGGAUGAGGAUGAGGCGGCGGUCAAGCUCUUCUACACCAUGGCCCAUGAGCAGGAGGCCAACAAGUUGCGGACGACGUCGGUCGAGCACAAGAUCAAACUUGUGCGUGCUUAUGUCGCCAAAGACGCCGAGAACGCCAUGGUGGAAAUUUUGGGCAAGUCACGCCGGUCAACAAUCCACAACUGGUGCAAAGGACUUGUUUUCACGAACAAGUACUUCGUCGGUCAAGGAGAAGAGACACGCUUCCUCCUGGAACCCGAGCAGCAGAUUGCUGCUCUGCAGCUUUUCUAUGACUUCUGUGACGGUCGCGGGACGGUCUCUUCCAUACCGACCUUCAUGUCUGACUUUUGUGCCCCAAUGUUGAAGGCACAGUUGUGGUGUCAGUUGGUCAUGAAGAAGUACUCGUCGGUCGUGAGCCGCCUACCAGCGUAUGACCGCUGUCAGAAGAUGCUGUGGAGUGAGCGUGGACGGACGUGCAUGCGUCUUGGCGUCGGUCUGUCUGGUGACCCGAAGAUCGAGGGCAGUGGCAUCCCUGAGUGUGUGUCGGUCCUCCAAGGGUUGAAGAAUCUGGCCGCUGGUCGUGCAGUGGAUGAAGCCGAAAGUGCUGUGGAUGCGGCCAAAGCAACGGUCACAGAGCACAAGCUGGUCGUUGAGGGGGGAGACGACGAGUCUGGGAUCUUGGCUGACGACAUCAUGAUGGAGGCCCCACUGGUGGAGAAGGAUCCUGUUCUUGAAAAAGCUGAGGAGCUCGGCUUGUCGGUCCGCUCCAACAUUCAUCUGUUUCAUGACAUGAAGACCUUUGGUGAUGGCUUCGUCGGUCUAUGCCGGGCGACGACCCGUGGCGGCAUUUACAUCGAUGAGGCCACGUCGAAGGCCAAGAUCAUUUUGGGGGACAUGGCAGAGUUGUGGAAGGUCGUCACGUCGGUCGUAGAUCGGCAAUACGUGUCCAUGGGCAUCUUCUGUGGAAAGCGCCACGACUUAGUGACGUUGGUCGUGACAGGGACGGUCGACCCUCCAGUGAAGCGCCUUCGAGUCAAAACCUUCUUGAAAAACUUAGAUCAGAGCCGGUCGCGAUGGAAGCAGAUGUCAAAAAAGGAGAAACAACCCUUUGUGGACGCGGCGGUCAAGGAUCACAGAAAGCACAACGCCCUCAAGAGGGAGCUCGCUCAUCCUCCAGUGGAAGUCGACUCGCCGGUCAGAGACCCGAAGCCUGAGAAUGAUAGUGACCAGCAGCCACCGGUCGAUGAGAACCUCGUCAAUGAAUUGAGGUUCUCCUUUGAAGGCAUGGCACUUUCCAGUCGGUCGACCCUGGGACAAGGCGCCCAUGGCACAGUUUGCCGCUGUGAAAACUUGAUGGGAACGGAGUUCGCAGUGAAGUUGCCGGUCGGCAGCAGGGACGUGAAGAGGGAGCUAGACGUUCUCCUCAGUCUACGCCACCCAACCAUCCUGCAUUGUUAUGGGCCAGUCAUGUCGGUCGACGGAGGUCUCGUGGGCCUUCUUUUGGAGUAUGUGCCGGUGACAUUGGACGCUUGGCUGAAGACGCAGCCCAAGGCCGCAAAGUGCCCACACAAAUGGCAUCUGAUGGUCGAUCUUGCACAUGGACUCCAGUAUCUGCACUGUCACAAGCUUGUGCACUGUGAUGUGAAGCCACAGAACAUACUUGUCGGUCCUGCCCCCCAUGUUCGAGCCCGCUGGGCAGACUUCGGCCUCACUGAGCCGGUCGGGACAGCUGUCUAUGGUGACGAGGUGUACUCUGCAGCGUACAGACCUCCGGAGCUUAGCGGGUCACAGGAACCCGGUCGUAGCUUUGCUGUAAGGGUGAGGUUGGCACCCACAGCUGAUCUUUGGGCGGUCGGGUGUCUCUUGUUUGCGAUCUUCACAACAUCGACACUGUGUCAUUUGUUUGUCACAGUGAAGGUGCUGUAUGACAUGUCCUUCAUCAAUUCCCGAAUUGAUAAGAACGUGCCGGUCGUCUCUGGCGCUCAAGAAGACAUAAGAGCUUUCUUGAAAAAGCUGCCGAACGAGCGACAGCAGCUGAGGCUUUUCAUUAUUGCUGCAGAGGAGAAGUACAGACACCACGCUGGUCGUUGA